ACGAACGGCGUGCGAAAUUUCGUGAGCGCAUGAUCCUGACGGGGUUGGAACAUUUAUCGGUUUUGUUCGGGAGCUCUCCCGCUCACGCCCACAUCUCCUCCCCCUUCGCGUGUGCGGAUCUGUCCGACACGAGCAGCGAUCCACGCACGUCAAGGUUAAAAUGGAAGGGACAGCAGCAGGUCCUGCGCGUUCCUUUAGUUUUCUCUCCGCUCUGUUCAUCCCCUUCCUCCUUUUUAUUUAUUUUUAUUUUUAUUUUUUGACUGUGCGUUCGUGACGUCGGUCGGAGAGGGCGUUGACUAAAAACGGAACACGCUCCGCUUUGGCCGCAAUAUCGACGGAGGGUCCCGCAGUCUCGAACGGCCAAGCGAAACGGUGAAAACGGACCGGCCGGAUCUGCAGGAAGCAGCUCCCCCCCCUCUCAUCCAACGAAACCAAAUUUUGGUUUAGUUUUUUGUUUUGGUUUAGUUUUUGUUUUUGUUAUAAUUUCUUCCGGUGGCGGAAUUGUUUAUCUUCUUACUGACGCAAUUCUGACGCUGACGCAUUGCCAGACGCUGCCGUUUGAUUUUCGUCCUAUGCUGCAGGCCAUCCGCCAUUCUCUCGUCUACAAUCUGCGUUACAAAGAUUGAGAGAAAAAAGCGGCUCGACUCGAGAGAGAGAGAGAACCUCGUUGACCCUUUAAACCUUUUAAUCGAUAGAAAAAAAGAAAAGCGUUUCAUAAAACAUCCAGUCCCUCCCUUUUCCCCAUUUUUAUUCAUUUUUUUAAAUUGCGUGUUUGAUCGCUAAACAAAGAAAAAAGGAAACAAAAUGGCCACUGUCAAAUGAUUGCGAUCGGCAUCGCCCUCCACGUUUAAAUUGAAACCCCCAAAAAUAAAAACAAAAAUCAAAGAAGAAAGAAAGAAAAAAAUUAAGACAAGAUGCCGAUGAUUCCGUUUCUCAACAUGGAGCUGUCGCUGGCCAAAGAGAUCGUGAUGGAGAAGAUCCGCGAGCCGCACAAUCAACGUCGAUUGGUGCUCGUCAUCGUUUCGAUCGCCCUCCUCCUGGACAAUAUGCUCUACAUGGUCAUCGUGCCCAUCAUCCCUGAUUAUUUGAGGACCAUCGGAGCCUGGGAUACCCACAUCGAAGGUGGCGAGUACGUGACGGAGCCGAGCAGCGUCCGGUGGCACGUCAACACGACGGGCAACUACAGCGUUCCAGGCAACAAGACGAGUCUCCAUUUGGUCAACGGGGUGGUCGUUUACGAAGGAGAGGAUGCGGCCAUUGGGGUCCUGUUCGCUUCCAAAGCCAUCGUCCAGCUGAUGAUCAAUCCGUUCUCGGGAGCUCUGAUCGAUCGGGUCGGGUACGAGCUGCCCAUGAUGAUCGGCUUGACCAUCAUGUUCUUCUCGACGGCCGUCUUCGCUUGCGGCAGGUCGUACGGCGUUCUGUUCUUCGCCCGUUCCCUGCAGGGCGUCGGUUCGGCCUUUGCCGACACCAGUGGGCUGGCCAUGAUAGCCGAUCGUUUCACCGAAGAGAGCGAACGAACGAAAGCGCUGGGCAUCGCUUUGGCCUUCAUCUCCUUCGGAUGCCUAGUAGCGCCGCCCUUCGGCGGACUUCUCUACGAAUUCGCCGGCAAGGAGCUGCCCUUUUUGAUCCUGUCUCUCGUCUGUUUGGUGGACGCUUUGAUGCUCAAACUGGUCAUGAGGCCGAGAGGAUUGAGCCAACUGGGCAAAUCGACAUCAGCUGUUAAUUUGGCUGGCGCCCAGGGGCCCCAAGUGGGGACGCCCAUUUGGAGGCUGCUGAUGGAUCCCUACAUCGCUGUCUGCUCAGGUGCCCUGAUGAUGGCCAACGUGUCGCUGGCCUUCCUCGAGCCCACCAUUUCCGUGUGGAUGAUGGACACGAUGAACGUCGAACAAUGGCAACUGGGCAUGAUUUGGCUGCCCGCGUUCUUCCCGCACGUCCUGGGCGUGGUCCUGACCGUUCGAAUGGCCGCUCGCUAUCCGCAGUACACGUGGGUCAUGGCCGCCUUCGGACUGGCCCUGGAAGGUCUGUGCUGUUUCAUCAUCCCGUUCGCCACGUCCUACUGGGUCCUGAUGAUCCCCAUCUGCGGAAUAUGUUUCGGAAUCGCCCUCAUCGAUACGGCCCUCCUGCCCACCAUGGGCUACGUGGUCGACGUGCGUUACGUCAGCGUUUACGGCAGCAUUUACGCCAUUGCCGACAUCUCGUAUUCGUUCGCCUACGCUAUCGGCCCCAUCAUCGCCGGCAACGUUGUCGAUUCCAUCGGAUUCCUGGCCCUCAACAUCGGCAUCGCCGUGUCCACGCUCUUGUUUUGCCCAGUGCUGAUGCUCUUGCGUCACAUCUACGAAUACAAGCCGUUCGGGACCAACGCCGAUGGAGAAGAAAUGACGGGACUCGGUCCCGCGCCCACCAUCGGCCACGGAUUCUCGGGCAUCGCUGGAGGAGGGUCCAACAUUAUUCCGCUCAUGUCCGAUCCUCCUGAUAAACAAUACCAGACGUACGCCCUGCAGGAGUCUGGUGGUCAGCCGCGCUAUCAGAUGAGCGCCAAUAACGCGCUACCCUCGCAGCCGAAGAAUCACUUGGAAUACGGCAGCGCUAGGCAUCAGGAUACGAAUGUCGAUGCUUCGUCCACGGCUGCGAAUCAUCACGGCAAUGGCUAUAAUAAUCGGAACAAUCAACAGUCGGAGAGUAAGAAGAAACCGCCCGUCCCUCCGCUGCCGCAAAAGAUCCAAAUGACCCAAAGGCCUACGGCCAUGGCCACGGCUAACGAGACGACCGUCACGGCCGCGGCCACGAGACAACAGGAAUCCAAUCCGUUUCUAGCCAGUUGGGAUUGAACCAAAUGAGUUUUCCAGAAAGAAAGAAAGAAAUUGAGUUUUUUUUCCAGUUGUCUGUGUCAUCGUAAUUGAUUGAUUUAACUUUGAUUUUUUCUUUCUAAAUCUUAGACGUUGAUGUCUCUCUUAUAACACGAAAGGCAAACAUUUCUAAUUGAAUCGGGGGUUGUGCGUGACAUGUUCUAGUCGAUAUACUGCGAUUUUACACCCUUAACUUAACCCCAAUUUUAUUACGUAAUAAUAGUAGAAUAUUUAAUAAUAUUGUUGUUUUCAUUUUUAUUCAAAUCGAAAAAGAAAGAAAGACACUUAAACGCCGGCUAAAAGAAAAACAAAAAUAUUUCUCUGGCUUAAAAGAAUUAUUUCAUCAUCGUCGAUGUGUAAUCAUGCAAUAAAGUGUGUUAUAUGCAUGACCCCCCCCCCCCCUUUCUUCCUUUCUGUGAAUCAUGUGUAACAAUUAAUAUCCUUAAUAUACACUAACCCCUUGAGAAACUUGACGAUAGUUAACACAGCAAGACGAAUUGAUACAGCCCCUAAACUGACAAGUCCAUCCCUAAUUCGAUUUUAAGUUCAUUUGCAUUUCGAACGCUCCAAAGUCCACCCCGUCAUUCAAAGAUUUUUUUAUUAUUGCAAAAUUUCAAAACGAGCGCAGCCGAAUUUCGUUUUCAAAACUCGUUUCAAUUGAAUUCGCUAAUUUCUAAUUAUUACGAAUUUUCUGGGUUGUGUCACUUUCCAUUCUCUAUUAUAUAGCGUGUUUAUGUAUAAACAAAGCAUAUCAAUGUCAAUCGCUUGAUUGUUUUUGUCUUCUAUAGUGAAAAACAUAGUAGCAUUUCAAAAAGAGGCCCCUCAUCAUCGUCCACGAGCACAAUUUAUCAUCGUUUUCUGUUUUUAAUAACAUUUAUCUACUAUUAAUAUACAUGUGUGUGUGUGUGUUGGAUAGCAUAAGACGUCGGAAAUGUGUAUAGUCUAAUGAAUUGGGGUCGGUGAAAACAAGGUGAUUAAAGCAAAAAAAGGAAUGAAAAAGGAGAAGAGAAACAAAACAAAAUCGAGUCGGAAAUGUACAAACCAAUUUAUCUCUCCCUUCCCCCAUUUUUUUUUUUGCUAACUGUCAAAUCAAUAAAGCACAUAUAGUUCUAUGUCUGUUUGCCAUUUUUUUUUAUUUUUUGUAAAUAUAUAUAUCGAUUUAAGUUUUUCAUUUGUUUUCGGCUAACUCGAUCACCUUUUUUCUAUACACAAUCAGCACACUCGACUGUUGUAGCUGCUUCUCUUUGCAUCGAUUUCUAUAUUUAUUGUAUAAAUAUCCUUUUUUUUCCCCAAAAAGGAAUAACACAAGUCGAUUGUAAUUGUUAUUUAUCUAUCAAAACAAUUUGCUAUCUCUCUCUCUUUCUCUGUGUGUGUGUGUGUGUGAUGUGUGUGCGAUGGUGUCAUAACAAUAAAACGAUCAAGUCGUG